CUCGCCGAAACUCAGUUGAUGUGUGUGGAGGUUUUGUUUCGACGAGAAAUGGCGGCCACCAAGUACGACAGCUUUGAGAAGAUCUGGUCUGGUCCCAAGGACAAGGAGUACUAUGGACCGGACAUGACCCUAGGCGAAGUGGCCCUGAUCAUCCUACGUCUCUAUUCGGACAAGGUCAUGCAGGUGUUCGAUCCCACGGGAGAGGAGCUCACUGGAGCUCAGUUGUUGGAGCAAAGUCGUCGAUUGGCCCAUGCCUUUCAACGCCUCAAGUUGCAAAGGGGAGAUGUCGUUGGUAUUUCGGCCAAGAACACCACUUAUCUCACUGAAGUUGUCAUUGCAGCCCUGCUGAAUGGAACCCCCAUCAAUCCACUGCAUCCGGAUUUUGACCCAGAAACCACCGCCUAUAUGUACGAGAUCACCAAGCCCAAGGUGAUAUUCUGCGACCUGGACAACUACCAGACCUUGAGUGCGGUCAAAAGCAGUCUCAAGUUCAAAACGGAGAUCAUCUUGCUCACUGGAACUCUGCCGGGAGUGCGAAAUAUACAGGAUUUGCUGGCCGACGGCUGCACUGGAUACGAUGAGAAAACACUCUUUGCCUGCCCGCAUUUGAGUGGCGAUGACACGGCCUUCAUAAUUACUUCCUCGGGAGUAACCGGUUUGCCCAAGGGCGUAACCCGUCUCCUGAACAGCGCUAAAAUCCCUCAGUUGUUCACCUCAGAAACUGUGCUAUUUUGCAUCAGUCCGCUCUACUGGAUCAGCUGCAUCUUCACCCUGCUCGCCUCGCUGGUCAACGGAUGUCGCAGGAUCAUCACGAAUCGUCCUUUUAGCGUGGAAUACUUUGCAGAUCUGGUGGAGCGUCACCAGGUGACCUUUGUGCUCACAGUACCCCACCAAAUGGCAUUGUUGGCCAAGAAUCCACGGAGACAGGAACUGGCUGCCAGGAUGCAGUCCGUCCAGUCCUUUGUGUGCAGUGGAUCCAAGGUUCCUUUGACCAUCUGGCGGCAGUUGUACGAACUACUCGGAGCUGAUCGUUUUGCCGUGCUCUAUGGCUUAACUGAGAUUGGUGGGAUCUCCAAAAACGUAGGAGGUCCUUUGGGCAGCGAGGGCAAGCUACUGCGAAAUGUCCAGGUGCGUUUGGUGGAUGCACAUGGUCAGAGUUUGGGUACCAAUCAAACGGGUGAGAUCUUAGUAAGGCUAAAUCUUCGCUGGGGUGGCUACUACCACAAUCCCCAGGACACUCAGGUCACUGUAACCCCCGAUGGCAAGUGGCUUCUGACCGGGGAUCAUGGCUACUUCGAUGACGAGGGAUGUCUGCACUACCAGACCCGCGAUACCGAUGUCUUCAAGUACAAUCACUUUCCCAUUUAUCCCAAGCAAAUCGAGGAUGUAAUACUCAACCUACCUGGAGUCCAUGAGGUGGCUGUCUUUGCCAUUCCCGAUGAGGUGUCCACUAAUCUCACAGCCUGCGCUGUGGUUCGGGAUCAGGAUGAACUGGGUGGACAGCUAACAGAACAGGAUGUCAAGGACAUUGUGGAGCAGCACCUGAGCGAAGCCUUUCACAUACGCGGCGGAGUCUUCUUUGUGGACAAUCUACCGAAGACGCAGAACAACAAGGUUCAGCGCAGGAGAAUCUGGCCCGAGUUACAAGAGGCCACCACCCAUCUAUGAGAUAACCUUUGAUAAUAAAGUCGUGCUUUUCUUAAUUGUAAA